ACAGAUGUUCAAGUCUCAGUGAAGACCAUUGCUGCUGCCUUAGCGGCACCAGUCAUUCUGCUGUAUGUGGGUUUAAUAGCGUUUUUUGUUCGGAAGAAGCUGGUAUUGUGCUAUAAACGCAGUACAGAUUCAGGUGACACAAAUGAAAGACCUGUAGCAACAAAUGACAACGAAAUCUCAACUGUGGCGUUAUUACAGUUUGCAACAAAUACUACACACACCGAGCAAUCUAUGGCCCAGACAUGCUCUAUCAAUCAAUUGGGGGAAUGACGUGAUACCCCGUCGUGGAAACGUACACGAUGACGACCAAGUAUACAGCUUUAUUAGAGACAAUCUAAUAAACAAUUCAGGAGACAUUUUUCAAGAUAGGUCCAAGCGAACCUCUAACCAGACAGAUCCAUUACCAGAAGAUUACACCUACAGUGUCGUCAACAAAACAGCCAUUAAAACCCCUGAUGAACGCAGAACGGAAAUUGACAUGUAUGUAUUUGAUUGUCAUAUUCAUUUUAUCAUAUGUAUAAAUCAGCUCAAUCUAUCAAUUAAUCACUCGGAUCAGAAUUUGAACUUAUUGUAUAAUUAAGCAAUGAAGUGUCCUCAUAACAAACUAAUGGUUUCUUUUUUAAAUCAGACAAUACUGAAUUACAAUUUUCGUUUGCCCCUAAAUAUGGAUGAUGUCCAAAUUGUCAGUAACUUGAUUCCCUUACCUCAUUAUUUUCGUUUGCUUCUAGCUCAAUUCGACAAACACCAAAACGAACACCAUAACUAAAUUUGACACAAUCUCAGACAUCAACAUUUCUAUCGGUAAUUCAGACCGUACAUUGUCCCGCAUUUUCACCACAAGAUACAUGAAUAAUAAGAUUUCACGGAUACACACGUAUUAAUUAAUUUAAUAAAAGUUGUAUAGAUGAUGUAACUCGAGGAUGGAUUUUUUUGUAUGAGAACAUCUCAGCUAUUUAACGUACUCUUAAUGGACACACUGCGCCCUGUGUCGGAAACAACACACCGGGCGCCCUGCGCCCAACACACGAAACAGUGCGAUUGCCACAAGAAACUUUGCACCGGGCGCAAAAAUCAAUAUGCCCUUAACAAGUGCUAAGAAGUGACACAAUAAAUGGCAAAAACUCAAAUACGUGUUUUCUUUUAUUGCCAUUUAAAGACAAUUUGAUACA